AUGGCGGAGAGCCUGGUGCUGAACAUCGCGGCUGAGUUCAGCACCCUGCACCAGUUCCUCAACGAGGAGGAGCAGCAGAUGAAGGGCAGGCUGAAGGAGGACGUGGAGCGCAUCUCCCAGCAGCUGAGGGACAACUUGCGGAAGAUCACGGAGAAGCGGGCCUCCAUCGAGCACACCAUCCUGGAGAUCCAGCAGCGGCUGGACGUGCAGGAGACGGCUUUCCUGGCGGAUGUGAAAUCCCUCAUUGAACGGUCGUAUGUGAAGUUUAAAAAGCCUGCUGAGGUUCCGCUCAAUCUUCUGCUGGGAGAGUUUGGCGGGCCGCUCCAACUCAUCAUCUGGAGACGUAUGCUGAACAUUAUUAGCCCAGGCUGGCUUUUGCUGGCCCGCUUGCCUGCUGACCUUCCUCUCCACCACUGCUCUGCCGACUUGCCUGCCCGCUGUCUCCACAGCCCUCCCGGCUGCUACUGGACCCGCUGCACGGGCUCGUCGCUGGCUCCCGUGGUCACCCUGCGCAAGGUGAAGGUGAAGUGUUUGAGUGCUGUGUCCCGCUUGUCUCGCGCGGACCCACUCUUCGCUCGGGGCCGGACUUCCUUUCACGUCCGGGCUUUCCCCGCUCUCGGCCGUCCUCCGCGACCGGGCUUUCACGGCUCUUGGCUUCUCUCCGCUUCUCUCGCGGGCCUGUCCGCUUUUCUGCUCACAGUCGGGCUGACUCUGAUCCUGACCGGGCCUUCUUUACUUUCUUCCCCCACCGGGCUGACUGUUCCCGCAACGGCCCACCCUGAGCUGCUUCUGUCGACCGACCUGUGCGGCGUGUGCCUGGGGGACACGUGGCGGGAGGUGCCGAACAACCCGGAGCGCUUCGACGACUGCGUGAGCGUGCUGUCGACGCAGGGCUUCUCGUCGGGCCGCCAUUACUGGCAGGUGGAGGUGGGCGGGAAGACCAUGUGGGACGUGGGGCUGUGCCGCGAGUCGGUCAGCCGCAAGGGCAGCAUCAUCCUCUCCCCGGAUGACGGCUUCUGGACCAUCUGGCUGCGCAACGGCAGCGAGUACGAGGCCCUGUCCACCCCCUCGGCCCUGCUCUCCCUGCCCGCACGGCCCACCACCAUCGGGGUCUUCCUGGACUAUGACGGGGGCCACGUCUCCUUCUACAAUGCUGACGACAUGUCCCUCAUCUACACCUUCUCCGACACCUUCAGCGAGAGACUCUUCCCCUACUUCAGCCCCGGAGAGAGCGACGGGGGAAAGAACGCACAGCCCCUGCGCCUCUGCGGCCUACGUCUGUAGGCCUCGGGUAUUUUUCACAGCAGAGAUGAACUAACACCCCCCAACCCCCCUCACCGGUGCGGAUAUUUUCAUGCAGUACUUUGUAAAGGACUUCCUUUUCUUCCCCCCCCCUUUCCCCU